AUUGUGACAUCAUGUUUAAUACGUAACAAUUAUGUAAUUUUGAUGACUUCAAUGAGCUUAACAUAAAAGUUUUGUUAAUGUAGCAUAAAUGUGAUAAUGUUAUUACGACAUCAUAUAUCUUUAACACCUUCCGUGCCACGUGAAUCACUGUAAUCCAUUCUGGACUUCCCACUGUUACUAUUAUUACUUAUUAAUUAUUUACUAAGCAUAAGAAGAAAUAUAAUUUUAUUAAAUAAAAAUAAAAAUAAUAAUUUGUUAAAUAAUAAAUAAUUUACAAUUAUGCGGAAAUUUUGAUUAUAGCCUCUUGUAAUUAUUAUAUCUUUUUAGUUUACAUACUGCAUUUAGUAAAAUAGUUUUGUAGUUAGUAUAUACGCAAUCUAUUAAAAUCAAUAACAUUCUACUUGAACCAGGUAAAAUCUAUUUACAUAUCAGCCGAUUAGAACUUAUUCUAUAUUAUAUAAAUUUAAAAAGUAUGUAGUUCGCGGAUUGCCGCUAGACGACGCACGCGGCAUCUUUCUCCUAAUGCAAUUUACACUCCAAAGGCUACAUAAACAGACCACCAACGGUGACAGAAACCGGAUCAAUCUAUAUUAUCAUAGUGAGCUUUCGGGGCAUAUGUAUUUUUUAUUACGUCUUAAAAACACAUCUUAGCUGUUAUGGCUAAAUUUUAGCUUCGGUAAGAAAUCCUUUUUAAGAAAAAUAAAGUAAAAACGACAUAAUAGUUACAAGAAGAAUCUUUCUGGUACGUAAUUUUAUACGAGCAUUUUACAUUAAUUUAUAAAAGUCAGCUUAUACGUAAAAGUAACGUUAUUUUAUACGUAAAUGUGACUUCAUAUACGUAAUGUUAUUUUAUACGAAACCAUUAUGUAUAUGUUCCCUCUCUCUUUUUCCGAUUUUGUUGCCCAGAAUGUGCUGACAUUUUGACCAAAUUGUAACUGGAAAAUGACGUAACUAUUACGAGAACAGUGGAACAUUGUUCCAUAAUGAUCACAUAAAUGUUACGAAUCAGUGUUUACUGGGUGUUGUCUCAUUUUUUAAAAAUAUAUUUUUUAUUAUAUUAAAUUCUCCUUCAACAGACGCACUGCUUGCCGGAAUUCUUCCAAUUCCAAAUUUAUCGCGGCAUACACAAGACCAUAAAAGUAAAUAUCUUGCAUCUGCUAUCAGUUUAUCAGCAAAUGCAGGCAUAAAAUGCGCAUUUUCUCGAUCACCAACUUCAUUAAUUUUUUUCGUCUAUAGACUUUGCCCAUUGAAACCAUCCAUUUUUUGUGUCGUCAUGAUCAUCGUCAUCGGUAGAAUUUGAAUCUUUAUCUGUUUCCAAAAAUUGUACUUCUGCAUCCGACAUGAGCAAACGUUUCAUUUUCAUUUUAUGUUCCUCACAUGUCGUUAUUUUAUCUUCUGUCGUAUUACCUUCAGUUUCACUUCUAGCAAUUACUAAUAUGGAAGUUAAAAUUUCUUCUGCCAUUUCUAUAUUGCGACACAAAAUUGUCUUAAUAAAGAUAAAUAAAAUUGCUUAAUUCUUGGUCGUGUAUUUUUUAAAAAAUUACUAUAUUUUUUAAAUAAAAUGCGCUACAUCAAUUCGAAUGUAACAUGUCGGUAAUUUGUCAUUUAUACAUGCAUCAGAAUACUUAUCUAAAGUUAAAUAUCCAGUAAAAGAACGGGCGGCUGCCGUUAAAAAUGCUCUAGAAAAAUCACAUACAACUUCUCGUGGAGGAGGUGCACCUAAACGGAUCCAUUCUCCUAACCAAAAUUGAAUUGCAUUAGUGUUGUGACUUUCAGAUAACAUUUGGCACACUGGAAAAAGGCCAUUAUUUUUACAAUUAAUAACGCAAUUAUACAAAAAUAUGUGUUUUGAUUUACAUUUAUCAGACCUCUUAAUCUUUCUUACUAAACUUCCAGUUGCAUCAAUAUAUACACAAGCUGGUUCGGAAUUUGCAUGUUCUAUACAAAUUUAAUUGAUAAUUUGACCAAUAAUGUAUAAAAAAUGGAUUUAAUCCUAUACUGCGUAUAAUAUUUCGUAAAGAUCCUAAUUGCGUUAAUAAUAAUGCUUUCAAAGGAUCUUUGUCCAGAUAAUCUUGUUCUACAACCUUUUUCUUUGCUGCACGUAAAACAUCAGAACUAAAUAAAUGUGGGGGUUCUGCAGUAUCGCUUGUACUCAUUAAUUCUACCCGAUUCAAAAUUUCGAAAUUGCACGUGCCGAGAUAUUUUUUAUGUAAAAUUAAUCUUGCAUUUUGUGUUUAUAAAGAUUGAUAUAUUGUAAUUUUUUAACGACACAAUGUCAAAAAGGAAGAGAGGAUUUUAUUAAAAAUAUCUAUAUUAUACCAUAUGUAUAUAUAUAUAUAUAUACAUAUGUUUAUUUUUUAACAUACAGUUUACCACACAUACACACGUAAAGUAUAUAUGUAUGUGCAUGUUUACAGCAUCUAAAUAAGUAUUUUCUAUAGAGCAAAAUGGAUAAUAAUAAGUGUCUUUUACUGGAAUUCGUUAAUGAAGAUAAAAAAAUUGCUGUUGGUUAUGAAGACUGGCUGCAAAAUAAAAUAAAUGAUGAAGAGGAAUACUUAAAUAUAAUUAAAAAUAAAAACGAAAUUGAAAUAAAAUGGCCUGAUUGCGACAUUGCACCAGCAUCAAUCAUGAAAAAAAAAGUACGAACGUGUGACUGGAAAAUAGUUGCGGCAAAGAUACUUUCUUUUGGUGAAUGGACUAAAAUGUGCGAACAACGGGACAAUCUAGAAACAUAUGGAGUUUUAGAACCAACUAAAGGACAAAGGAAAUCAAUGUGUAAAAAACAAUGGAGUGACGAUGAAAAAGAGAAUAGUCAGAAUAAAAAGGUUAUUAUAUGAUAUACAUUUACUGCACUUUAUUAAUUUUUUUAAAUUAUUUAUAUUAUUUAUUUAUGCUCCAUUUCUAUUUUUUAAAGCACAAAUACAAAAAAAGUGGGAUAAAACGUGGAACUACUGAAACCAAAUCCUCAAAACUAUGGACCGAAGUAAAGAUAAUGAAAAAUAUAGAUUGUGGACAAUCUUCAGAUGAUGACAGCUCUUCAAAAAUGUCGCAGCAUUUAAUACAAGAGAACGACACUUUAAAGAAAGAAAAUGAUGAUUUAAAAAAGGAAAAUAUGGCAUUGCGUAUAUCACUUUCUUGUAUUGAAAAUUUGCCGAGAAUAAACAAUUUGGUGGAGAACAUACUUCUUAAAACAGAGAAACUUAACGACAAAGUUGAUUACACUGACUUCAAAAAAAGUAAAAAUGAGAUAAAUACUACAAAUAACAUAUUAGAAAUGGAAUCAAAUAAAGAAUCUAAUAAUGAAAAAAUGAUUGAUCUUGGUGAAACAGGUGUCCUUGUAAGUGCUAGUCUUCGAAAUUGUAACAGAAAUAGUAUUUCGCAAUACACAUGCGAUUUACUAUCAGUAGUUUUUUCUAAAGAAGAACUGGCAUCAUGUAGUUUAACGGGAAAAAUUGCUAAUACUAUGAAAGGAGCAAAUAUAACACCUAAAGAACAUUUAAAUCCAAAACGUCUUGAGGCAAUUGAAGCUCAUGUGUUUUCAAUAUUUGAGUGUAAUAAGGACACUCAAAAACUUUUUAAAGCAGCUGUCAGACAGAAAUGUAACAAUGCUGUACCUCGAGCAAAGAAAAACCAGACCAAAGAAAACAAAUAACUUUCCUCGGUGCAAUUACUACUUUUACGAAAAUAGUGAUAUAUAUGUGAUAUAUAUAAGUUACAUAUCGUGCCUUUGGUAAAUACAGUGGAAAUUGAUUAAAUAAUUUAUCGUUUAUUAAAUUUAUCCUAAUGUAAUUCUUUAUGAGUUAAAAUUUUGUUCUUUUAUAUGUACACAUGUAUAUGUUUCUUGCAAAAA